AUGGAUCUAUCCAGGGAAAAGUCUUCAACUCCGGAUUAUACGGGUGUACCCGCCAAGGAGUACACUUUAGAUAUCCCCAGGAUACCCAGUGUUGAGUUACCGUUAAAAGUGUCAGGGUCUCAAGAAAGUGUUACCAGAGCCAUUGAGAUGUGUGGCGGUUUGGUCAAAGUUAAGAGAGCACUUAAUGCACACAAGGAUACUCCUGAAGGGCUAGAACUCUAUUUGAAUAACGACAAAAACGAAAAUGGGACCAGUAAUUUUUUUAAUGAGCAUCCUAUUAUCGGCAAGCUUGUCCCCCAGCGCGACGAAUCCAUCGUCAUGAAGCUAUCCCUUCCCAAAGGAACUCUCGAGGCUUGCGGAGGUAAUCUGCAAAAAUCAAUUGCUUCUGUGCCUUCAAACAGAGUCAAAAUCGUGCCUGUGGGUAUUGUAAAUAAUACGAUUAGAUUCCGCGAAAUGUCAGACUUUCAAAUGCGAUUGGACAAUGUGCCUUCAGCAAAUGAAUUCAAUGAGAGUGUGGGAUCUUUAGAUUGGAAGAGUGUUAGAAACUACGUUCAAAGUAUUCCGGAUGAGGACUCCAGACCGUUCGAAAAUAUUAAUAACCUUAUCAUUGAUCGUACGUCUAAAAUUCCAAGCUCAGAUUUUCAGCUCCCACCUCCCCCACGAUUUUCGAUGGUUAAUAUUCCAUUUCUUUACAAAUUUCGUGGUAACCCGUAUGCCACAAAAUCAUCCAGCGGUGAAUCGACCGUGAGAGGGACAUAUCUUAAAAACUACCAGCAGCUCGUGCACAUUUUUGAUGAAAAUGCUCGAAUUCCGACAGCCGCACAUCCUUUGCUGCAAAAGGAUUAUCAAAAAGCCGAAGAAUCUGGAGUGUACCCCGGUAGCAAUAAGGACUCCAAGUUUUAUGAGAAGCUUGAAGAGUGUUUAAAAAUACUUACCGAGGCUUUCGCGAAGCGACCAAUUUGGGUUAAGCGUCACAUUGACGGAUUGGUCUCACAGGACCUACAUGGAACACUGAAGAUUGCGCUCUCGUUGGUAUCAUAUCGCUUCACGAAAGGACCAUGGAGGAACACCUAUAUCAAAUUCGGUAUUGAUCCACGAAGCUCCCCUGAAUAUGCCAAAUUUCAAACGGAGUAUUUUAAGAUUGAAGGUAAGCUCCAAAAGUCUCCUUUGGCUGCUAAGAACAUGCCAGAUCCCCCAGCCAAGUUUUACGAAACUGAUACUCUGGGAGAUAUCGACAGUCGAUUUCGUUUCGACGGAACGCAGAUCCCUUGGUACUUAAUGUUACAAAUCGACCUUCUAAUUUAUGAGCCGAAUAUCGCCGAGGUGUACUCCAAAGCGAUUUUCUUGGCUAAGCCCACCGAGCUUACGGGCUGGUUUCAUGAACUCGAUUUGACCAAGAUUAGGAAAAUUGUAAAGUAUGAACUGGGCUGCCUGGUGCAAGGAAACUCGCAAUUUAGCGAGUAUAAGCUCAAAUUUUUCAAAAACAUGCUCUACACCAAGGAAUCAAUGAUAGACAAAGAAAAGCAUCUGGACCCCGAUGGAGAUACAGAAAUGGCGGAAUCUGAGCGUUCAAGCGAAGCACGGGGAGAGACAAAUGAAAAUGGGGAAGACAAAGAAGGAGAAGAAGAAGUAGAAGAUGACGAUGAUGAUGACGAUGAUGAUAAUGGUGUAGAGGCAGGCGAAGUAGAUGACGCUGUGAUGGAGCAAGAUGAAGAAGACAUGACAUAUGAUGACUACGAAACGCAACCCAAAAGACAAGGUCUCCCGCAAAAUUUACAAGAGGAUAAUUCCCUAGAUCCAGCCUUUGAUAUAACAAACGCCGGCUUCGCCCAAAUUGUGUCCCAAGUAGCCCAAAGAGAUCCGGAAACGGCCGCAAAGCUUCGAAAGGAGCUUGAUGGUUUUGUACUUCAAUGCGACUUAUCGAAUUCCAGCUAA